CAUUUUUUCUUUCUUCACGACGAUAAACAAUCUUUUUUUCUCAACUUUCACUGUUAUUUUUAAACCUAUUUUGUUUGUUUUGAGAUAAGAUACCCGUCAGCCGGAAUGCGCGAUGAGCGAAUUAAGUUAUCAAUCAAUUCGGUCUGCAAAUCAGGCUCGAGAAGCUGAUGAAUUACGAACAGAUUCAAGAAAGAAAAAUCUGUUGAUAUUAGUUUUGAAUUAUUUAACCGAAUCAGGAUAUCGUGAUUCAGCACAAACAUUAUCUAAAGAGACUAAUAUUGAUAUGAGUAAAUAUGAGGUUUGUGAUAAUAUAGAUCUGGAUACUAUUUUAAUGGAAUAUGAAUCUUAUUAUUAUGUUAAAUUUAAUAGACAUCCUAAAAUAACAAAACGACUCACUCAAAGUGCUCUACCAAAAAUACCACAAACAGCAAGAUUACCUAGUCCCCCAGCACGACCUCGUUCUGGAGGUCAAGGUCAAGUCACUGCUCCAGUAAUUAAACCUCAGAUCAGUAAAAAACCACAAACCACAGCUGUCAAUGGUCAUACGGUAUAUGGUUUAGCUUUACAAGGUUUAACAGUCCAGGGUUUACAAAAUAAUCAAAAUGACAUACAAUUAUCAAAUAAUAGUGCUCCAAUUAUUGAUAUACGUGCAAUGAUAAAUGAUGCUACUAAAAUGAAUGCUGAAGAAGGUGUUGAUAGUAGUGAUCGUUUAUUAAAACCUCUUGGUGGUUAUGUUGGAUAUAAUUCAGAAUGGAGAGAGUUGGCUCAAGUUAUAAGUAGAGAUAUCUAUUCUAAUAAUCCUGAUGUUAAAUGGGAUGAUAUUAUUGGGUUAGAUGAAGCUAAAAGAUUAGUUAAAGAAGCUGUUGUUUAUCCUAUAAAGUAUCCACAGUUAUUUCGAGGUAUAUUAUCACCGUGGAAAGGUUUGUUGUUAUAUGGACCUCCAGGUACUGGUAAAACAUUAUUAGCUAAAGCUGUAGCAACUGAAUGUAAUACAACAUUUUUUAAUAUAUCAGCCUCUAGCAUAGUAAGUAAAUGGAGAGGUGACUCUGAAAAACUUGUUAGGGUAUUAUUUGAGUUAGCAAGAUUCCACGCACCAUCAACAAUAUUUUUAGAUGAAUUAGAAUCAUUAAUGAGUAUACGAGGAUCUGGAGGGGGUGGGGGUGAGCAUGAAGGAAGUAGAAGAAUGAAAACAGAACUAUUAGUGCAAAUGGAUGGUUUAGCUAAAACAGAUGAUUUAGUAUUUUUAUUAGCAGCUUCUAAUUUACCUUGGGAAUUGGACCAUGCUAUGUUGAGAAGAUUAGAAAAGAGAAUAUUAGUUGAUAUGCCUACCUAUGAUGCUCGAAAGUCAAUGAUCAACCAGUUCCUACCACCAGUGGUUAAUCAAGGUUCUGAUGAAUUAGAAUUAUUAGCUGAUUUAGAUUAUGGUAAAUUAGCUGGGCACACUGAUGGCUAUUCUGGUUCUGAUAUUAAGUUAUUAUGUAAAGAAGCAGCUAUGAGACCUGUGAGGAAAAUAUUUGCUGCUUUAGAAGGACAUAAUGAAGGUGAAUUGUUACAUUUGAGAUUAGAUACUAUUACAACAAGAGAUGUUAUGAUAGCCUUAGAAAGAACUAAACCAUCAGCAAAACAACUUAAACCUAAAUAUGAAGCUUGGCAGAAAGAAUAUGAAUCAGUCUGAUUAAAUAGGGACAAAGUACUAUUUUCUGUGAUAUUUUUUAUUUCUUUCUCACCAAAUUUGCAUCAAUCAUGGUAUAACACUGAAGAUCCCCAAAAAUAUCUUAUCUUAUUGAAAGAAAUGAUUAUCUCAAUAUGAAAAUCAUAGCAGGACAUUUAGGGGCUUUACUCAUACGUGAGAGACAAAAACUACCAAGUCAGUGUAGAUGAUGGAUAUAGCCACAAUUUACUUAUCUCAACCAAUUGCAAGAUAUUGCAUGUACAAAUAACAAUAUUAACAUAUACCGGUUAUUUCUUUAAAGUUAAUACAGAGGAUAAGGUUGAUAUCACAUCAUAAUUUAUCACAUUGUACUUUCUCACAUUCCAAUCAAAUCCAAAUAAUCUCCAUCAUGUUUUAAUUUUGUCUCUCAUUUCGGACUGUCCAGUGUCAUGUGAUUUUAAGUGCCCUUUUUUGUUGAUAUUUAUUUUUUAAUUGUUGUGAAUUAUUUUACAUUUACACAUAGUAAAAUAAAAAAAUUUUUUUUAAACAGCCUUACGAUUAAUUUCAUUCUGUACAGCAUUGUAAUUGUUAAGGAAUAUUUCUUUCAAUGACAUCUUUCCUUC